AUGGUGAUUGUGUAUAAUGAUUUCAAUGAAGAUGCUACAGAUAAGUUUUGGUAUGGUGAUAAUCAAUUGUUUCUGACACCAUAUGUGUGGGGGGACAGUCGUAGAUGUGGAAUUGCUUGGAUAGAGGUUGAUAAAAUCUUUUUUCCAUAUCGGCUUCCUUCAGAAGAUGAUAAUGCUGUGAAACAUUUUCUUUUGGGAGUAUUGGACUUGAAUGAGAAAAAGAUUGAUGUGUACGAUUCCAUAUAUAGUAAGCCAUAUGAGGCAGGAAUGAAUCACAUUGAAAUGUAUGCACGCAUGAUCUCCCACUUGCUAAAGUUCUCACAGUUUGACAAACAUCACAAGUCUUUUGGAAAUGCCUUUAACAGAUUUGAUAUUCAGUGGCAAAGAUCACCACACCAAACUGGAUCGACUGAUUGUGGUGCAUUCCUGAUCAAGUAUGUGGAGUUGUUGAUGAUUGGAAAUGAUGUGGAGAAAUUCCAACCUGAAGACAUAAAAGACUUUAGAAAAGAACUUGCCACAAAUCUUUGGGCACAUGGUGAGUGA